UUAAAACUCAGAAGUAGUCAACUCGCCCUCUGUAAGAAAAUAAAAGAUAGAUAAAAAAUCCUACAAUCAAAGCCUAAGUCGGAGUAACUUUGAAUUGAUCAUGGAAUCGAUAAUUAAGUUCAAGGUGAUGAUCGUACUGUCGCUUUGUUUGGUUGUACGUCUGACUCAAGCGAAGGACAUUCAGUACUGCGAUAAGAAGGCUGAGUAUGGUGUAGAAGUCAAAGGAGUUGAGAUAUCUCCUGAUCCGGUGGCAAGAGGCAAGACAGCUACCUUCAGCAUCACUGCUAACACAGAUAAAGCAAUCUCUGGAGGAAAACUGGUGAUAGAUGUUUCAUACUUUGGAUGGCACAUCCACAGUGAGACUCAUGAUCUUUGCGAUGAGACUUCUUGCCCUGUUUCAAUUGGCGAUUUUGUGGUUGCUCACUCACAAAUUUUACCUGGAUUUACUCCACCUGGCUCCUAUUCUCUGAAGAUGAAAAUGCUGGAUGGAAACAAGGGGGAGCUAACUUGCAUUACCUUUGAUUUUGACAUUGGAUUUGCAUCUUCUGUGGCCGAUAUUUGAGUGCUCCAAAGAUUUCUUUGCUGUGUUCCUCUUUAUCUUGCUGCAUAUAAGUUUAGCAUGUAAAAAGGAAACACUCUUUAAGCCUAGCUCCUUGAAUUUACCUUACGGCAAUGUUCAUUAUCAUGCGAUAUGUAUCAUAUCUCAGACUUUAAUGAAUACUAUGUGAUGCGUAACAUUUACCAUAAACUUAAAAGGAUAGAAAGAACCUUAACUUCAGAAAA